AGCUCGACGUCACGCCUUAGGUAGGGUUACGGCCCCCCAAGCCCCAAAUCAUCUCUCUAUUUAAGAAAUCUCCCAUAGCUCUCCCACUCCACUCUUCACUCUCACUCACUCCCACUGCGCAAGCAUUCAAACUCACUCUCAAACAUACCUCUUACAGCACACGAUCUCCAUCAUCAUCAAUGGAACCCAAAGGCACCGUCGUCUUCACCACCGUCGGCCGCCCUACUUACGGCUUCGACAUUUUCUCCGUCACCCUCUCCUCCCUCUCCGAACGCCGCCUUACUGAUGGCGCCUCCGUCAACUUCAACGGCCACUUCGCCGACGACGACGCCACCCUGGUUUACGUCUCGGAACGAACUGGGUCGCCGCGGAUUUACCUUAACCGGAGCGGAAUCGUCGAACCAGAGCUGAAUUUUUCCGUUCCCGGAAGCCUCUUCCACGACCGUCCGGUAGUCAAGAACGGAAGAGUCUACUUCAUAUCCGCCCACGAACCCGCCGAGCGGCCAUUCAAGAGCUGGUCCGCCGUCUACUCGACCAGUGUCGAUAAGGGUAGAGGCGGUGAAAUUUCCCGGUUGAGUCCCGACGGUGUGGUUGAUUACAGCCCAGCGGUUUCUCGGAGCGGGAAGUUCAUCGCGGUAGCGUCAAACGGGUCUGGUCCGUGGGCUGGGGAAUUCCACGAACUCAAAACGGAUAUUGUCGUUUUUAGAGAGUCCGACCCCGGUAAGCGCACGGUGGUGUCUGAGCAAGGGGGAUGGCCCACUUGGGCGGGAGACUCCACCCUUUACUUCCACAGGCAAGCCGACGACGGGUGGUGGAGCAUUUUCGGAAUUGAUCUGCCGGAGAACUUCGAAUUUUCCGGCGUCUCCGAACUGCCUCGUCGCGUGACACCGCCAGGGCUCCACGCGUUUACUCCGGCGGCUUUUCACGACGGCAAGCGAAUCGCCGUCGCAACUCGGCGGCGCGGGAAGAGCUUCCGCCACAUCGAAAUAUUCGACCUUGAGUCGCAAACGUUCACACCGUUGACCGAGUCGCUAAACCCGAAUUUCCACCAUUACAACCCGUUUGUGUCUCCCGAGUGCGGGUUGCUGGGUUACCACCGAUUCCGAGGGGAGUCGUCCUCGGGCGAGUUGAUAAUUCCUCACCUCGAGCCCAUAAUUUCUCCGAUUAAGGACCUCAGGAUGCUUCGCCUCAACGGCUCGUUCCCUUCGUUCUCCCCGGAUGGUAAUUUUAUAGCUUUCAAUCCCGACUUCGAUCGAAAUUCCGGACUGAAAAUCAUCAAAUCGGACGGUUCAAAGGCGUGGAGCUUGCUAAAAGGCCGCACGGCGUUCUACAAUUCCUGGAGCCCGACGGAGAAAAACGUAAUUUACACCUCGAUCGGUCCGAUCUUCGGAUCAGCCAAAGUGACGGUCCAGAUCGCGCGGAUCACCUUCGACUUCUCCGGCCUGGUCAACGAUCGCGAAGACCUCCCCGCGGAGGUCAAGAUCCUGACAAGAGAAGACGCAGGGAACAACGCGUUCCCGGCGUGCUCGCAGGACGGGAAGUCCGUGCUGUUCCGGUCGGGCCGCUCGGGGCACAAAAACCUCUACAUAAUCGACGCCGUGAACGGCGAGUUUGACGGCGGAAGCAUAAGGCAGCUAACCGACGGGCCAUGGAUCGACACGAUGCCGUGCUGGUCCCCGGACGGCGAUCUUAUCGCGUUCUCGUCGAAUAGGCACAACCCCGACAACCCGGAAGUUUUCAGCGUGUACGUGGUGCGUCCGGACGGCACGGGUCUGCGCAGGAUUCCCGUGUCGGGACACGAGGGAUCGGGUGACGCGGACAGGGAGAGGGUCAACCACGUCUGCUUCAGCCCCGACGGCGAGUGGCUGCUGUUCACGGCGAACAUCAGCGGCGUGACGUCGGAGCCGGUGUCGCUGCCGAACCAGUUCCAGCCUUACGGGGACCUCCACGUGACGAGGGUGGACGGGAGUGGGUUGAGGAGGCUGACGUGUAACGGAUACGAGAAUGGAACCCCUACGUGGCAGGCGGAUGGUGACGUGGGCCUGGAGAGGUCGUCCGCGGCGAGUGGGGUUGGAGAUGAGCUGACGGGUGAUUUUGAGGAGCCGCUGUGGAUUACUUGUGAUAUUUGAGGACUUUUUUUUGUUUUUAAUAAUAAUAAUUGAGACCUAUUUUUUUUCAACAAUAAAAUUAGGUCUUAAGUUGUGGGGUUGACUAUAGAACUAUUUGUUUCCUCAACUUAUAUAAUUAUGAACCAUUUCUUCUGAUAAA